AUGAGGAUGCCCCGGGUGUCGCCGGUAGCAGCCCCGGCGGAGGGCGCCUCUCGGCUGCGUCGCCGCGAGGAGGCGCUGAGGAGAGCGGGGGCCGCAGUCCCUGUGGAUGAAGCAGGAAUCCCAGGUAUAGUGGUUGGAGUUUCUGUAGAUGGAAAGGAAAUCUGGUCAGAAGGUUUGGGUUAUGCUGACGUAGAGAAUCGUGUGGUGUGUAAACCAGAGACAAUCAUGCGAAUUGCCAGUAUUAGCAAGUGUCUUACCAUGCUGGCUGUUGCUAAAUUGUGGGAAGAGGGAAAACUGGAUUUGGAUGCUCCAGUGCAGAAAUAUGUCCCUGAAUUUCCAGAAAAAACCUAUGAGGGUGAAAAGGUUGUUAUUACUACAAGACUGUUAGUUUCACACUUGAGUGGCAUUCGUCACUAUGAAAAAGAUAUUACGAAAGUAAAGGAAGAGAAGGAAAAGGCAAACAGAGCAUUUAAACUAGCAAAAUCUAACCAGGAGAAGGAGCUAAAAGAAAAAGAAGCUAAAAGCCUUGAAAAGACUGAUUCUGUUAAAGCUAAGAAAGAACAUGAAGAUGAGGUAAAAAGCCGAAAUUCAAAACCUGGCAGGAGAGAAAAGGAAUUUGAACAAGAAGAAUAUUAUUUGAAGGAAAAAUUUGAAAGUGUGAUUGAAUCACUGAAGAUAUUUAAAAAUGACCCCUUAUUUUUUAAACCAGGUAGUCAGUUCUUGUAUUCAACGUUUGGCUUUACGCUCUUAAGUGCUGUUGUGGAAAGAGUUUCUGGGCAAAAAUUUACAGAUUAUAUGCUAAAAUUGUUUCGGGACCUGGAUAUGCUGUCAACUGUGCAGGAUGACAAUGAGGCAAUGAUAUACAACAGAGCAAGGUAUUACGUUUACAACAAAAAGGGACGGCUGGCAAACGCACCAUAUGUGGACAACUCUUACAAGUGGGCUGGUGGUGGCUUUUUGUCCUCAGUGGGUGAUCUUCUGAAAUUUGGAAAUGCCUUGUUGUACAGUUACCAAGUUGGACAAUUUAAAAACAUCAAUGGCAAACUUCUUCCUGGAUACCUCAAACCAGAUACAGUCACAAUGAUGUGGACCCCAGUGCCAAAAACUGAAGUAUCAUGGGACAGGGAAGGUAAAUACGCCAUGGCUUGGUCUGUAGCAGAGAAGAAACAACAGUAUGGCUGCUGCAGACAGCAGAGACAUUACGCUUCCCAUACAGGUAGUGCGGUGGGUGCCAGCAGUGUCCUGCUCAUUCUUCCCGAAGAGCUGGGCUCCGAAGCCAUGGAAAACGGGCUCGUGGCACCACCUAGAGGAGUAAUUGUUACUAUUAUCUGUAAUAUGCAAUCGGUUUCCCUCAGCAACACUGCCUUAAAGAUUGCAAGGGAAUUUGAUAAAGGAGAAGGGGUGCAAUAUGUAGAUUAA